GUUGAGCCCGCCCCUCCGCGCGCGCUCCCGACAUCCGUCCGCUGAGCGUGGCCGCGCGCGCGCUCUCCGGGCCCGGAGGCGGCGGCCGGGCUUUCCUGUCAGUCUGCCCCGCCUCACGGAAGCCGCGCACUACGCGUGCGCCGACGCCCGUGCUCCCCGUGGAGCAGCAGCCCCGGAAACGACCUCCGCUCUGUCGCCGGGGAAGGCCCGGUAGCUUCUCUGCGCCGGCGAGUUUAGGGCGUCUCAGAACAAUGCUAUAGACAUUCUUGAACCUGGACCUUAAUGCAAAGUACUGGAGUUUCCAAGACAUCAAGAUACAAGAUAUAUGCCUUGGAGUCCUAGGAGAAUUGUAAAUUCAGAAGAAUAAGGUAUUCAUCAGUCUGCUGAGUAGAUGCUGUUGCCUGACAGAGAGUGCUGCUUGUGGGCCUACCCGAGGGAACUGUCAUCCAUCUCCCUCAAGAUGGAUUCAGAAGUAUCAAGUAUCCUGGAAUGGCCAAAUAUCACAGUGAAGUUCAUAGUUCGCAACUGGGUGAUUCAGUUAUAGAAGGAGUAAGUGAUCAAGUACUUGUGGCAGUGGUGGUCAGUUUCACUUUGAUUGCUACCCUCCUUUAUGCACUUUUCAGAAAUGUACAGCAGAACAUUCAUCCCGAAAACCAAGAGCUAAUCAGGGUGCUUCGAGAGCAACUUCAAACAGAACAGGAUGCCCCUGCUCCUGCUCGACAGCAGUUCUAUACUGAAAUGUACUGUCCAGUCUGCUUACAUCAAGCCUCCUACCCUGUUGAAACGAACUGUGGACAUCUUUUUUGUGGUGCCUGCAUUAUUGCAUACUGGCGAUAUGGGUCAUGGCUUGGUGCAAUCAGUUGUCCAAUCUGUAGACAAACGGUAACUCUACUCCUGACAGUGUUCGGUGAAGAUGAUCACUCUCAGGAUGCUCUAAGAUUGUGUCAAGAUGUUAAUGAUUAUAACCGGAGAUUCUCAGGACAGCCUAGAUCUAUUAUAGAAAGAAUCAUGGAUCUGCCCACUUUACUGAGACAUGCAUUCAGGGAAGUGUUUUCAGUCGGGGGUCUUUUCUGGAUGUUCCGAAUUAGGAUAAUACUUUGUUUAAUGGGAGCUUUUUUCUAUUUAAUAUCACCGCUAGAUUUUUUACCUGAAGCCUUGUUUGGAAUUCUAGGCUUUCUAGACGACUUCUUUGUUAUCUUUUUGUUGCUUAUCUACAUCUCCAUUAUGUAUCGAGAGGUGAUAACACAGAGGCUAACCAGAUGAAAAGAUGUGUUUACUAGAAUAUCUGAUUAAUGUAUAAAAUCAAACAAAAAAACCAAUGGCAGUGUAAAUCAUGCAAAUAUUACAAGCUUAAAACAUUUGGUUAUCAUUUGACAAAUGCCUAACAGUAUAGAACUGGAAUUUUUAAUCUUUGGAAUCUUCAGGUUCUAAUGUUAAGAUCAAAUUUACAGUGAUCCUUCAGUUUUAUCUCAAUUCUGUGUUGUCUGUAAAGUAUCUGGAAAAAUAAGAAAUCAAUUGAAAAGGGAACUUUUGUCAUUGUCUGUCCCCCAAGUUACUUAGCUUAAUUAGAUACAUAGUACAGUGUUAAAUGGACAGUUGAUUCCGUUCAUCAUCCUCAGUGGGUACCUACUCUAUAAUGCAGAACUGAAACAUCUGGAUAUUUUUGUUACAGUAAAAUAGUCUGUGAUACUGAGGAAAAGUCAGUGUCUCUUUAGUGCUAGCUAAGUUUUGUGAAUUUGGAAAAGCUCUGCAUUUUCAUUUGGGUAUAAUUGUGAUCAGCUAAAAAUGAAAGAAACUUGAAUUUUAUAAUUUGACUACAUUUUCAGGUUAUGGAGGAGCACUUUGAUCAAUAAGAGAAUUAACAAAAUGAAAAACACUUAUCUCUAGGAAGCACUUUUGAUAUGUUCAGUUAUGACAUUUAACCAAGAGUUUUGCCUUUUUAUAGAAGCAGAUAUAAAUUUAACUUGUAGCCAAUUGUGGUAGCUUUAUACCUAUAAUCCUCAGCACUCAAGGAGCUGAGGUAGGAGGAUUGCCCCAAGUUCAAGGUCAGCGUGGGGUACAUAAUGAGUUCUAGGUCAGCUUAAGCUAGAAUGAGACCCUGUCUCAAAAACAAUAACAAACCAAAACAGAGCCAGUGAGAUGUCCCAAUGGGUAGAGACCCUUGCUGCCAAGCCUGACAAUCUCAGCUUGAUCCCCCUGCAUCCCCACAUGGUGGAAGAGAGAACAAACUUCCUGCAAAUUGCAAAUUGUCAUGCUUUCCACAUGUACACUGUGGCAUGUACACAUCACACGCACAAACACACACACACACAUACACAUUUCUCGCUCUCUCUCUCUAGAUAAAUGAAAUUCAAAACAAAACAAAAGAAGUGGCUUGUUAAUUGAAAUUGUUUUGUUUUAGGAACUUGAGUAAUACAGCAGUCUGAUGCACUUCUGAGGAAACAGCAUCUUCAUGUUAUUAACAUCAGGGUCUCUAGGAAGGCACUAAGAACACUAUUUAGAUUUGACAAAUUAUGGGUUAGCUCUAGCAACAACAUGGAAACAUUUGAUUACUUGUCUGUUGUCAGAAAAUUUAAAAUACUGUCUUGUAGGUGGCAAUGUAUGGCUCAGAUGACUUCACUUGUCUGAGGUGACUGGAGAGGGAGGUUCUCUAAUCUGUUGUUUUCUGAUGGUAUGACAGAAGCAUGUAACGUGUAGUUUUCUGUUUGAGAAGAAUGAGUACCACAAACAUUAUGAGAUCUUCACUCUGGCAUUUCUUACUGGUGACUAGCUGCAUAGAAGAGUGUGAGGUGAUGCCCAGAAGACCCUUUGUCAUCUGGUAAUUGGCACUGCCAGUCAGUCUUCCUGUGUGUAGGGAAAAUUCCAGGUUACUCACAUUAGCCCCUAAGUAAUGGGAUUCUGAAUGAAACGCCAAUUUUUGUUUCCUAAUGUGGACAUAUGACAAAGCUGUUGCUUAUCAUAGAAACAAUUUAGGUAAUAACAUGGUUAAUGCUAUUUCUCGAUUAAUUUUUCCUUUUGUCCUUAGGAAAAUUUUAUUAGAAAGGUAGCAUAUCAUCCCCUUCCUUUUCAUAGAUGCAGUGUCCAUCCUAUGGACAAAAGCCUUUUUUUAAAUUUAAAUUUUUAUUUCCUAACAAUUGAAUUAGUGAUGUUUGGGUAGACAUGAAAGCUAAUCUGAGGAGAAGCAGGAGAGAAACUGGAAUCCUUUCGAAGUCUUUCAUAAUAUAUUUUUUCUUCACUGGGAAGAGCUUGAGUGCUUCGAAGUGGAAAGCCCUAGAAAGAUGAUUCAUCAAAUGCUUCUUGAAUCCUAAGUGUACACUUGCAAAUCAACUAAGAGUGGCAUAUACCAUGAAAAGACAUUUCAGCUUGUCAUUAACAGAAAAAACUGUUGAGGUGCUUGUUAUACCAGACUGGAAAUGCAUUUUCUCCUUACUAAAAGACUGAAAAAAAACUCAAUGUGGAGCCGGGUGUUGUGGUGUGUGCUUUAAUCCCAGCACUUGGGAGCAGAGGCAGGUGAAUCUCUCUGAGAUCAAGGCCAAUGUGGAGUUCCAGGCCAGCUGGAGCUACAAGGGAGAAACCCUGUCUCAAAAAAGAAAAACAUUCUGUGUGGGCUACAGGCAAUGUCUUUUUCUCUGAAAGGGUUUUAUUUUCUAUGCAUGUCUUCUCCACUUGUUGACACAUUUCUAGCUAUAAUAAUUUCAUUAUGAUAUUUGAAAAUACUACUAAUGCUUUCUUGGUAGAGAUAUUCUGUACCAAAGUUUGUAUCAUUCAGAAACACUGUAUAAUGUGAAGUUUCACUAAACUGAAAAGGGCAUACUGACAUCUCAGAAUUGUACACCUACUUACAUCAUCUUUACUGAUCACUGAUGAUAAAUACAAAAGGAAUUUGAGAGUAUUUAAAGCAGAUAGUGUUUUAAAUAUCAUAGUAAUACUUCUGUGCUUAGAUAUCAUUUAAAUCAAAGCAAGUUUGAUAUUUUUUUUUAACAACAUACUGUAACUGUCACAAAAUGUGAUCCAGCCCCAGGAGCAGACAUUAAGUAGCUUUGUGGGGAAUGAAACAGGAAGCAGUUCCACAUGCCCCUCGUGCUGACUAGGACAGGAGCUUCGGCUCUUGCACUUCUCAGUCUCCGGAGGAAGGACUCUUCCUGAACCUGUGGCCGUGCAGGUACCUACCUCAAAGUCAGUGCAGAGGCUCAGAUGCUUGUUUCAACUUUUGUGAUUUAGAGUUUGUUCAGUAUUUUAUUCUCUGGAAUAAAAGCAGCAUAUGUAAAAAAUUGUAAA